AUGGGGCAAUUCACAUAUUCCGAUGGGGUCGCUACUGGCAAACUCGUCUACUACAUACCGGCACUCGUGGCUAGCAUAUUGGUGGCUUCUCGGCAUGGCUUCAGGAAGAGUUCGGGUUGGAUCUAUCUCACAAUAUUUUGUGUCAUUCGGAUCGUGGGCUCAGUAGCCCAGCUGAUAUUGAUAUCAAAUCCAAGUUCCGACGGAGCAAGUACAACUGCAUUGAUAUGCACGGUAUUGGGACUGGCACCUUUGCUACUGGCUUCUCUCGGUUUACUAGCACGCUGCUACUAUUCGAUCUUGAAACAGCCCUGGAGCACGGUAUUUUCACUUUUCGGCCUCAGGGCCGUCCAAAUCCUACCUACUGUGGGCCUUAUUCUCUCCAUUGUUGGGGCUACGAACGCGAACACCGCAGCCGAGAUCGACAAGCAGGACACAGUCAAGAUAGGAGUGGUUUUGUUCACUGUGUCAUUCGCAAGUAUCUGCCUCUUGUGCGGCAUUGCUUCACUCCUGGCAAAAAAGACGAAGGGUGGAGAAAAACGGCUGAUUAGAGCGGUCGCUUUUGCAUUGCCGUUCUUGUUGGUUCGGGUGAUCUACUCUCUCGUGGCAAUGUUUGGCAACCGUAGCGACUUCUCACUCGGAAAUGGCUCAACUGCAGCAGUCACGAUCUCACUGUUCAUGGAAGUGUUGGAAGAAUGUGCUGUGGUACUUAUAUAUGUUUUUACUGGGCUAAAACUACCCACAGUACCAGUCGACGCUGACGAGGAUGGUGUCAACCUGGCAUGUCGAUCUGAACGAGGGGGCUUUGGGAGCGGCAAGUUCGGGCUAUUCUCACUUGGUGCUGCCGUGCUGGGUCGAGCUACCAAGAAACAUAAUGGCUAUGGGGAUGUUCAAUCACGAUAG